UGACACGCAUCGGAUCCAAGCAUGUCGUCGUCGGGGGCUUUUACGUUGCGGCUGGUGGCCUUGUUGCUGUAUCUUGGGCACUUCCUCGCCCACGCUCAGCAAGUGGGAACAUCUUGUUCGCAGCCGCGAAUUCGCAAGUCAUGGGAUAGCUUCACCGAUGCGGAGAAGGCUCUGUACACCGAAGCGGUCGGAGUGGCAAUGGAUCAAGGUUUCCACCAAAAGUUCGUGCAAAUCCACACUGAGAAAGUCACGGGUCUCGAGGCGCAUCAAACGUGUGUCUUCAUCUAUUGGCACCGCAUGCUGCUGCUAGGCUACGAGAAUAUGCUGCGCAGUCUCGACCCCUCGUAUCAAUGCAUCACGUUGCCGUACUGGGACCACCUCUCGGCGUCGGCUCGUCAAGCAAGUAACAAUUGCGCCAGUAUCGAGGGAUGCUCGCCUAUCAUCUCUGACUUUGGUGGAACGACCACCGGAUUGAGCAAAACGCUAUCAGUCUACGGAACAAGCAUCGCCUCCUCGUCCAGGACAAUCUGUGUGAAUCAAGGACUCGCCUAUCGUUUCUGCGGGAACAAUACGGGCUGUGCGCAUUGCAUUACCCGAACUCGAAGUAAAUUCUUGACUGCUACCACUUAUCCCACCGAAGCUUCCUUUGGCUCCGUGUAUCAGCAAGUGUUCACUUACAGCGACUCCGGAAGCUUCACCUUGGCGGUCGAACGAGGCGUCCACAACGCUAUUCACAACGCAAUGGGUGGUGUAAUGGUGUACUUCCAAGCCCCUGUUGAUCCUGUAUUCUACUCGCAUCACACGCUUAUUGACCUGCUGCAGACGAUUUACUUGAAAUGCCAGAACGGAGAUGGAAGACUCUUCCUGUCCAGUGAAGCGAAGAGAAGUGACCCUCGGUUCUGGACCUCUUGUGCUCGAUCGGGUGGCGUGAACUUCAGCGGCUCCGAUAAUAUCACGAUGCGUGCAUUGGCCAAUGACGGCAAGACGAACGUGAAUGUGUGGCAAGACCCCAACAAUAUCCUGUAUCCGUUCUUCAAAGAUCUACCCUAUAAGUAUAGUGACUACGUGGACGCCAAGGAUCUGGGAAACUACAGCUACACGUACAAUAUCAGCGGCGGGCUGGCCAAUAUGUACGAGAACUGCAACGAUUCCAAUACCUUGACUGCAGUAUCGCUUCUUGCGGAUGAAAAACUAGCAGCUACAGCGAAGAAAACGAAAAAUCCGCUACUUCCGACGAUUUCCGAUGGAACGGAGGACGAUGACUCGGUGAAACUAUGCAACAUUGCCCUGUUCGAGACUGCCCAAAUCCUCGGCUACAAUGAAAAGGCGGCAAAUGAGCAAAUGGAGAUGAUCGCGUGUGCUCACCACGGCGAGUGCAUUGGCCCCAUUGACGACUAUUCUGACCUUUUCCGAGCCAAUUUCGGUGUCAAGGGUCACACUCGCUGCUUCUCUAUCAUGGAAGACCUCGUGGCUGGUAGACGAAUCAUCGGGAUUCCGACGUGGCGAGAGAUCACGAGGCGCUUUUUGCCGUGCCCUUUGCAGGAUGGAGAGGACUCGGAAGAAUCGGAUGAGGCUGUUGCGUUGGAACUCUGACGAGGGACCAUUGAACGUAGAGCUUGCCCUCAGAUAGCUUGUAUUGAGCGGAGACUAACAUUCUCUACCCACUGAUUGCUGUCUGCACUUCAAGCUCAAUCAAGUUAACAAUACUGUUCCAAAUUCUUAUGUAUAUCGCCAAGGAAUGCAAAGAGUCAACAUCGAAUUCACGAAUGUGUGUCGCCUUCAUUUUCCAUUGUGCAAAGCAUACACUUUGCUGAGAUCUUCUGAAACGACAAGCUCUGAUGAAUGUUUGCGAUACCCGCUUCAUCACCGGGUGUACAUGCCACCACCAUAAAAGAAAACAAAUUCGAUGCUGUGGGUUCGUUAUUGCUAUCGCCUAUAAAAUAUAA